AUGGGUAGUGUUUUCUUGCCACAUUUACAUUCUGGUUGGCAUGUAGAUCAGGCGAUUGUUACGGAGCAAGAACGGCUGGUUGUCGUUAGGUUUGGCAGAGACUGGGAUAAGGAUUGCAUGUUGAUGGAUGAGGUGCUAUUUUCGAUCGCUGAAAAAGUGAGAAGAUUCGCAGUGAUCUACCUGUGUGACAUUGACGAAGUGAAGGAUUUCAACGAUAUGUAUGAGCUGUACGAUCCCAUGACAGUCAUGUUCUUUUACCGGAAUAAGCAUAUGAUGUGCGAUUUCGGUACUGGUAACAAUAACAAAAUGAACUUUGUGGUGGACGACAAACAGGAAAUGAUAGACAUCUUGGAGACCGUGUUUCGCGGCGCACGCAAAAACAAAGGUUUGGUGGUAUCGCCUUACGACUACAACAGCAAACGUCUUUGA